AUGUCUGGUCAUCAUGAACAUGAACAUAGUCUCGAAUCAUUUGAACCACUUCAUUUGAAUGAGGAUACAACCACAUAUUUGAUACUUGCUGCUGUUAUUUAUUGUGAGAUUUCUAAUUUUUGUUUUUCAGUUAUUUUGGAAUUACACAUUUUUAGUGUUUUUAUCAAGUGUUGCAAUUAUUUACCAUGCAAUGAUUAGAAAUGAUGAUUUUGAAGUGGAUUUUCGAGAAGAAAGUGUUCCAGAUGUUGAAUUCUAUACUUAUAGUGGUUUUGCAUUUCCAGAAAGUUAUUAUACUGAUAGAAAACGAUCAAAAGAAAAUUAA